UUAUUAGUAGUAGUUUCUCUAGCCCUUUUUUCAUAUAUUGAAAAUUCUACUCACUGACAUAAGUUAAUUAUGACUGUUGAUAACGGCAAGUUCUAAGGAAAAUAUUGGAACAGCUUGAGACCAGUAUAAUAGCAAUAUUAAAGGGUAAAAAGAUCAAAGUAUUGCCAAAAAAAUGAGUUAAAACAGAAUAUUUAUGGUGCAGUACAAGUUAUAGCCAGUAGGGGCGGUGCAACACCCUGGGACCGAUCAUAUGCGCCAGAGGAAGCCAGCGAGAGGCUGUGACGAGAGCGGGUUGUUUGAAUCUUGUUUUGGUCUUCUUCAUAACACUUCCGGUGCAGAGAUGGAAGGAUUGUCCGUCAGCUCUCUGUCAGCCAAUCAGAGCACGGUGCAGGUGAACAUGGGGGCGGGGCUUCAUGAUGGGGGCGUGGCCAGCCAGUGGAGCCCUUACUGUAAAGAGGACCUGAUGAGAGGAGGGGAGGAGCUGUGCUUCGAGGAGCUGCGGGCUGAAAGAUACAACCAGCAGAAACAGAAGGAGAUGGAAGAGAAGAUGCGACACCUGAAGGAGCAGCAGGAGCAGCUGAGUCAGGAGCUGGAGGAGAAGAAGAGGCUGCUGCUCAGAAAGUCCCAACAGAUCAGCAACGUGGAUCAACCUGCUGCUGCUCCCUUCAAAAUACUGGAUGAGUCUGGUUCCGAAGAGUCCGUCAGGAAGUCGGAGCCAUCCUCAGACGAGCUGCCAGACGACGUCUUCCUGCGACCCGAUGAGAAGGGACUGUGUGUGAGGGUCCAGUUUCCAACCCGACCCGACCAGAACCACCAGCAGAACCGGCCACCAGGUCAGCCGAGUCGGACCGAGCGGGACCUCCGGGCCGAGCGGGACCUCCGGGCCGAGCGGGAGCUCCGGGCCGAGCAGGACCUCCGGACCGAGCGGGACCUCCGGACCGAGCGGGACCUCCGGACCGAGCGGGACCCGGAUUCCCAGGAAAGCGUCUCUCAACCCAAAAAGCAGCUGAGCCCCAUAGAGGAGAUCAGUGUGGAAGCCGCAUCCCUCACUUCUCCUGGAGAACUGUCCGGGGGGAACUUCAGUCCACUGGACCAGAACCAGAAGCUGGACCAGAACCAGGAGCAGGAGCAGAACCAGGAGCAGGACCAGGACCAGGAGCAGAACCAGGACCAGGAGAAGAACCAGGACCAGAACCAGGAGACUCUCAGUCAGUCUCAUGCUGUAGAUCCCUGCGACCCAGAAGUCCGUCGACAGCUGUUGGAUCUUUUUGACAUCACUUCCUCUGCAAACCUUCAUUCGGAGCAGCGCCCCCUACCUGCUGUUGAGGAGUGCAGCCUUCUGGACCUCGGGGGAGACACAUUCUUCAUUGAAAGCAGACUUCUGGACAGACACAGCGUCUCCAUCUUCAGAGCAGCUGCAGAUAAUCAGUCUGUGUUUAUAAAGGUGGAGCGCUGCUCGGCCCCCUGGGAUUUCUACCUGUUCACCCGCCUGAAGGAGAACUCGCCGUCUGCUGACAGAGCUGCUCUGAUCAGCUGCUUCCUGUUUGAGGACGGCUGCGUCACCGUCUACACGCCGCCCGCAGACCACCAGCUCACUGUUGUGGCGGACUGCGGCCCGGAUCUGGCGCGUGUCGGCGUGACAGCCGUCAGGCUGCUGGAGCUGGUGCUGCAGCUGCACGGCUGCAGCCUGCUGCAUGCGGGGCUGCAGCCCGGCGUGCUGGCCUCCUGCGGCGCCGCGGCGAACCAGGACUGGCUCUUCCCCCUGGACUGGUCGUCCUCGCUGGACCUGGAUCUGCAGAAAGACGUCCGGUCCGUCCAGCAGAUCCCGUCCGCUCAGGGCUACAUCAGGUUGGGUCUGCUGCAGCCCGCCGACCCGCCUCACACCGUGGACCUGGUGGGCGUGGCUGAAACCAUCUACUUCCUGUUGACCAACAGCGAGAUGAAACCAGAGAGACACGGCAGCAGCUGGACACUGAAGCACAGCGACGUCUUCACGUCGACCUGGCGAAGGUUUUUCGGUUUGCUGCUGAACGCCGGCGGUCGCUCGUCCAUCUCCAUCCUGUCGGAGCUGAAGGACCAGCUUUCUGAGCUUUACCUGUGAAGCACCUGGGUUACAUGUCGUCUGUUUAAUAUUUGGUUUCAUUAAUAAAUAAAACACUAUUUGUUGCAGCC